AGUUCAACAACUCUCAACAAAGGCAUUUCUAAAACCAAUAUAACAAUAAAAUCCUUAGUGAUGACAAAACUAGUGACCACUGUUUUGUCAAAUGUCACCAGUGCCGCCUUGAAUGCGGUGGUUAAGACGUCUGGUGUUGCUAAGCAAACAAGUUUUUUACCUACAACUCCGACAGUGCUUUUGACUCAACAUAUCAUAGACAGUAUAGCCCACAAUAUGGAGGUCCGCUUUGAGAUCCUGCAGAGUUUUAAUAGUGCGGUCAUAACUUUAAUAAAUAAAGGAUCGGCACUAAUUGGUGGAAACCUUUGGGCAAUUUAUAUGUGUCUAGCAACAGGAUUGGAGCUUGGGCAUCUUGUACACAGAGAAGAUGGGUACGUACUACCUGACAAAAAAUCGAUCAAACUGACUCAUUUGAGUGGAUGUUCAUUUAAAAUUGAGCCAACAAAAGACUUUAAAGCUAUCCCGCCUGGUAAAUCAAUGGAGAUCAUGGUCCAUAUCGGUUUAACCGAGUCGAGGAGUGACUUGGCCCCCAGAUGGUACGUGGCAGCGGAUGGACUGGAACCAAGGAUCAUUCCCAACACUGCCAGUGAAGCACUUCACUUCGUAUUUUUCCCACCACAGAGAAGAAAAUCGUGGGAUAGCUUUGUAAACUGCGAUGCGGCUGAUCUUGGGAAUGUUCCCCUUUUAGUUAUCCCAACACCAUCGGAGGUUGUUGGGUUCAAUGCAACGAAUAAACUAUCUGUUGAUGGCAAUUGGAUUGUUUUUGGGGAACCGGGAUUAGAAGAUGAAACAAGUUUCCUAGCAGGUAAUUACAAUAUCUGGUUUUCAUGCAAACGACACUUUCGAAAACUUAGCGGGGAAGAUGAAGUUAGCUCGCAUGGCGCAGGUGCGUAGGGAAGAUUGGUCUGGAGGAUUGUCUGGAGGUGAAUGUUUUCCACAUGCGCGCGAAAGAGGGGGACUCCAACGACCAGUGAGCUGAGGUAGCUUACUUUCUCUCAAAUUUACCCGAAACGAGCUUUUCAGCCAUUGUAAAAAGAAACAACAAAACAAAAACAAAAACUCUAAAAAUAUAAAUAGUCAGCUACGUCUCACUUUACCGUGAAUCCACCCACAGGCGGCUCAUGGUUUGAAUUUUGAACAUUUUUGACGUCAUUUGUAUGGUCUAUAACAGUACAGACAUUGGAAAUAGUUACGUAUGUCUUAAGUAAUAAAUAGGAAAUUUAUAAAAAACUUUUUUUUCCCUUCAGGCAAGCUUAAUAUACCAAAAUCCUUUUCACAGUCUACGCGCGACAAAGUCAUCAAGCUUAAACUAGGGAGAGUGUCGGUACAAGGAACUGAAAUAUCCUCCAGUGAAUCGUACCACAUUCAAGUCAAUACUUCCGACCUGUCAAUCAUCAUUACUGGAACUGGGAACGCUGGAGUGUUCUAUGGUGUCCAGACUCUUCUUGCCCUCAUCACCAAAGAAGGCCAGGUUCCUGAGGUGCAAAUCAGAGACUCUCCUCGUUUCUCAUAUCGAGGGCUGAUGGUUGAUAUUGCGCGGAAUUUUCAACCUAAAAAUGAAAUAUUGAAACUACUGGACGUCAUGGCGAUGUACAAAAUGAACAAACUUCAUUUCCACCUCACAGAUAAUGAGGGAUGGCGACUGGAAAUACCAGGAAUCGAGGAAUUGACUUCAGUGAGCAUAGCAUUUCCCAGACGUUCAGAUAGUAGAGCGCGGCGCUCAGACGGUGGGGAGCGAGUUAAAUCGUACGCGGGGAAAACAAGGGGAAAAACGAGGGGGGAAUGUCGGUCGAGAGCGAGGGAACAUUCCCCUCGUCAAUUUUUCUCCCGCAGUAAGCAAGGGAUCGGAAAAUACAAUUUGAUCGUUUUAUGAAUAUUUCUGUGAAAAUGCGUCAUGUGAGAAUGUUGUCGGAAUACCUGAAGGAGGAUUUCAACAACUGCAUGGGCAACUGUUUUUCCCUUUAAGUCACCUAACAAAUUUUUCCUAUAGCUUUUUUCUUCUUCUUCAUGGAAUAAACUCCUUGAAAUUGCUAUUCGAGACAAUUCAACACCCCUAAUUGGCUUCAAAGUAUACCGCCAUAAACCAGUUACCGGAUUAUGCAAAUGGCUUGGCGUUUAAAAACUCUUAUUCUGUAGAUCAGAAAUAAAGAACGACUUAUCCUGCGUGUAAUGGAGUACUGUUAUUAACCCUUUAAGCCCUAAGAAUGAUCAGCGUCAAAUUUCUCCCUGUAAUAUCACUACUUUGUAAAUCAGAGUGGUCAUGAGAAUUACGAACAUGAUCACACAAGAUGAAUGUAACUGAUGCUUCAACAAACUCUCCCCACUACUUCUUUUGAAAACAUAUAGGGAUAACAAAUGAGAAUUUGAAUUUUGAUGUUAGGGUUUAAAGGGUUUAUAAAGCGAGAACAGUCUUCUUUGACGGCGCGAUUAACUUUUCCUGUUCGUUUCGUUAUUGUUUAGGUCGGUGCCAGAAGAUGCCAUGACUUACAAGAGAAAACCUGUAUCUUUUCUCAUCUCGGCUCAGGUCCCGACACCAGCACCUCGGGCACUGGGUUCUACUCUACUGAAGACUACAGGGAAAUUUUACGUCACGCAAAGAGGCGUCAUAUUCAAGUGAUUCCGGAGUUUGACUUACCAGGCCACAGUCAUGCCGCCAUUAAAAGCAUGAUAGCUCGUCAUGAUAGGCUGGUUAAGGAAGGAAAGGAGUCUGAAGCAAAGGAGUUUCUUUUAAAUGACUUCAAAGACGAAUCUCGGUAUUUCUCCGUGCAAUUUUUUACAGACGAUACAGCCAAUUCUUGUUUGAGGUCGACAUACAGGUUUAUUGAGCGGGUGUUGAGAGAGUUAACAAACUUACAUCACGAUAUUCAACCCCUGACUGUUUUUCACUUUGGAGGAGAUGAAGUUCCCGAAGGAGCAUGGAGGAAAUCACCCGCGUGUGAAAAGAUUGCUAAAAUCUUAAACUUUACGUAUAAAAGUGUUCAAACGCACCAAAAAUUGAAAGAAUACUUCUUAACACAAAUAUCAAAUAUUACGGCAGAAAUGAACCUCGCUUUGGCCGGGUGGGGAGAUUUCUUGUUCGAGAAAAGCAGGCGUACACUUAUUCCAAGAGAUUUUUUUUCAAAUAAAGAAAUUUAUUCGUUUUCGUGGAGUGUGACAGGUGCAGUAAAAAACCUCAAGGAAGUUUCUUUGAUGGCUAAUCACGGAUACAAGGUAAAAAUCAUCAUGUUUCAAUGUAUUAUUUUUUCUUGAAUGUUAAAACUGAACGUAUGUUAAAACUGAACGUAAAAUCUGAGCUUCUAUAGUCCUAUCAACUCCUUUAAGCUAACCAUAUCGCUCACUUAUAGUAGUCAUCUCAUAGAAUAACAAGUGAAUGUCUUUUACAGGUGCAAAUCACCUUUACUCUAUCAAAUCAGUUGAAAAUUUUUACAUCUUUUAUAACCUUCCCCGCUAUAGCAUCCUAGUCCCCAGACGUGCCCUAUUUUUAGUAAAAUCUCGACAUCUUGACACGACUGUGAGCCAUGACGUCGCCCUAGAAACCCACCCAUUUUUCCCCAGUAUUCAACCAGACAAUGGGGCAAGAGAGAACCACUCGGGACCAGGUCCACACCCCAUUUAUCCAUUUUUUUCAAUAACGAUCAUAAGGGAUGACUAUAUUGGCAACAUUGUUUUUUCGGAUUCAGUAACAAAUACCGUAUUCUGAUUGGAUGAACUAUCAUUAAUCGCUAAUCUGCAGGUUGUGUUGUCAAGCCCAGACUAUAUCUACCUUGAUCAUCCUUAUGAGCCUCAUCCCGAGGAGCGCGGAAAGCACUGGGCAACACCUUACACUGAUACCAGGAAAAUCUUUGGUUUCGCGCCCGUUGAUCUUUACAAAGAAAUCACCUGCAAUUCCAGUAAUUGCAGCCAAGCACAGCAAAAUGUUGUAGGUAAAAAAUAUCUUUUAUAUGCAACCGCUAUACUGUUUACAAAUUGUCGUGUUCACUACAGAGUGUUGACUUCUGAGAUGCUGCUCUGUAGACGCAAUUUGCAUUCAAGAGCUUUUUAGAGAGAUACACAAAUAAAGGGCUCAGUUUAAAUUAUGAGUUUAAAAAGUAGUUUAUCAAAAUCAGCUAGUUUUGAAAGCUGACUUUUCGAGCGCUACGUUUUCGUCAGAGCAAAGUGCCAUCUCUUAACAUCACUUUUUUUUUAAUCUCUUUCGAGCGCUUCUCCUUCUUGAGAAAACUAAUUUUCGGUAAGCCAACACAUGUUGGGGGGUGUGACAGCAAAGCAUUGGGAUUUUUUCAAUAAGAUUGCAAGCUGAGACAGCUCAGAUUGCAGUGCGUGUAGGUGCAGCUUAUCAACAGACGUUCUUCAAUCCACAUAUAAAGGCGGCUCUAACGCGUCCAACGUUUGCUAUAGGUAUCGAGUCAGCGUUGUGGGGCGAGACAGUAAGAACUGCGGAACAAAUGUAUAUUAUGCUCUUCCCUCGGCUUCUUGCUGUGGCAGAGCGAGCCUGGCACAAAGCAUCAUGGGAAGAGGUCACUGACAGGCUGGCGCGAGAACGUGAAAGGACUGGUGACUGGGAGAGGUUUGCUAACACUAUUACCUACAGGGAACUGGGCCGACUGGAUGAGAUGGGUGUACCAUACCGCGUUCCUCCACCGGCCGCAAGGUAGAAAACAAGAGUGUACUUCUGUUGUCAUUAAGAAAGACCUUGAGAAUAGGCUACAAGUCAGACUAUCCGCUCAAUCAAAGUUUACAGGAGGUAUCUAACGUGGAGAUGAGACAUGACUAUAUUGUAAAUUGUUUCUGUAGGAUUACAGGGAGGAAACUUGAAGUCAGGACUGCGCUGCCAGGCCUUAAAGUUGAGUUCUCGCGAGACGAUGGAGAAACCUGGAAUGACGUCACAAGUGGCGGCGUAGAGGUUGAUGGGAAAUUACAGUUGAGGACAAGGUAA